AGCCAAGGGCUUGAAGUUUGAUUCGCCUUGCGGGUCUGCGGGUACUGUCGCGACCUUCGGGCAUGUCCCUACAAUGGCUGUGCGGGACACCAUUGAAAUCAUCGAUGGCGUGCACUCGGGCACGACCCGCCUAUCUCUGAAGACGCAGCUAGAGCGGUUCGGAGAGAUUGACAUUUGCCACAAGAUCGGAGACCCGCGGGAGGAUACUCCGUGGGUGCGCUUCCGUGACUCCAAAGGCGCGCUUUCAGCUCUAGAUGCGAUCGCAAGGGGUGAGGUGCUCAUCGAUGGCGUGCCAAUCAAGGCACAGUGGCGGGCCCGGAGGAAGGAGCCGCCGGGGUUCAAGUCGGGCGCGCGCACCAGCCGCGACAUCUAUUUGGAGCAGCAGCAGGCGCGGGGCAGGCGCGACCGCAGCGGGAGCGGAGACUCCCGACGGAACCGAGGCGACCGGCGCAGCGAGCGCCGGGAGCGGCGCAGCAGGGACCGGCGCAGCCGAGACCGUAGUCGGCGCCGUUAAGCUGGCGGCUUGCAAGGAUCUACGAAGUGGGCAGCUGCUUGGCUCUCACGCGAUGCCUGAACGCGAUGACUCACGCAGACUAAAAGUCAUCACCC